CCUCGGGCGGCCGGCGGUGGCCCGCUGGAGGGGGCGCUGUGGGCACCGUGAAGCGGCCUUUUGUCAGCGCGCACGGCCCGGAGCGCUCUCAUUUCCUCCCAGCCUCGUGCGGUAAAUGGAUUUAAUUCUGACAGCAGGGCUGUGAGGGACGAGCGGGAACCAGAGCCUUUUGUCACCAGCGGCAGCCUCUGUGCUCCGUGAUUACCACCGACGCGCAGAAGCUGCAGUCCUGGUGGAAUCCCGGCAGCUCUGACGAGGGCGGGGCUGCAGGAUGGGUAGAAAACACUGCUCUGCAAAUUAGCCAGUGGAUGUUUUUUUAACCGCCCCCUCCCGCAAAAAAACCCUCACAAAUAACAAAACCCGACCCAGAGCGGAAGCCCAGAGAUGGAUAAGAUGCCAUGCGGGAGUUUCCACCUGCAUGUUUGAGGCUGUGUAGAUGUGGCCCGUGUCCCUGAGAGUGGAGCAGCGGGUCCAGACUGAACACUGAGAGGAAGCCUUGGACAGGGCUGGGCUGGCCUCCUGGAUUCCAGGAGCAGAUUGCAAACCCGCCAGGAAAAAUGAGUGACGAGGCGGUCCCCGAGGCUGCCUCCCCGCCGCCCCCGCAGGGGCAGCAUUACUUUGACCGCUUCUCUGAGGAUGACCCGGAAUACAUGCGCCUUCGCAACCGCGCCGCAGACCUGCGACAGGACUUCAACCUGAUGGAGCAGAAGAAGCGCGUCACCAUGAUCCUGCAGAGCCCGUCUUUCAGGGAGGAGCUGGAAGGCCUCAUCCAGGAGCAGAUGAAGAAAGGGAACAAUUCCUCUAAUAUCUGGGCCCUGCGGCAGAUCGCGGACUUCAUGGCCAGCACCUCUCACGCAGUCUUCCCGACAUCUUCCAUGAACUUCUCCCUGAUGACGCCCAUCAAUGACCUUCACACAGCUGACUCCCUGACCCUAGCCAAGGGUGAGAGACUCAUGCGGUGCAAGAUCAGCAGCGUCUACCGACUCCUGGACCUCUACGGCUGGGCGCAGCUGAGUGACACCUAUGUUACGUUGAGAGUCAGCAAGGAGCAGGACCACUUUCUGAUGAGCCCUAAGGGAGUGUCUUGCAGUGAAGUCACAGCAUCCAGCCUGAUCAAGGUGAACAUCCUAGGAGAGGUGGUGGAGAAGGGCAGCAGCUGCUUCCCAGUGGACACCUCAGGCUUCUGUCUCCACUCGGCCAUCUAUGCAGCCAGACCUGAUGUGCGCUGCAUCAUCCACCUGCACACGCCGGCCACGGCCGCGGUGUCAGCCAUGAAGUGUGGCCUCCUGCCUGUCUCCCAUAAUGCCCUGCUGGUGGGGGACAUGGCCUAUUAUGACUUCAAUGGGGAAAUGGAGCAGGAAGCUGAUCGGAUCAACCUGCAGAAGUGCCUUGGACCCACCUGCAAGAUCCUGGUGCUAAGAAAUCAUGGAGUGGUUGCUCUAGGUGACACCGUAGAGGAGGCGUUUUAUAAGGUCUUCCACCUACAGGCUGCAUGUGAGAUACAGGUGUCAGCUCUGUCCAGUGCUGGGGGAGUGGAGAACCUCAUUCUCUUAGAGCAGGAGAAGCACCGGCCCCACGAGGUGGGCUCUGUGCAGUGGGCUGGGAGCACUUUCGGGCCCAUGCAGAAGAGCCGGCUAGGAGAGCACGAGUUUGAGGCCCUCAUGAGAAUGCUGGACAACCUGGGCUACAGAACAGGCUACACAUAUCGCCACCCCUUUGUUCAAGAGAAAACCAAACAUAAGAGUGAGGUGGAGAUUCCAGCCACUGUCACAGCCUUUGUGUUCGAGGAGGAUGGUGCCCCAGUCCCCGCCCUGCGACAGCAUGCCCAGAAACAGCAGAAGGAGAAGACCCGCUGGCUCAACACGCCCAAUACCUACCUGCGGGUCAAUGUGGCGGAUGAGGUCCAGAGGAGCAUGGGAAGCCCCCGGCCAAAGACCACGUGGAUGAAGGCUGACGAGGUGGAGAAGUCCAGCAGUGGCAUGCCCAUACGGAUCGAAAACCCAAACCAAUUUGUGCCUCUCUAUACCGACCCCCAAGAAGUGCUGGAGAUGAGGAACAAGAUUCGAGAACAAAAUCGACAAGAUGUGAAGUCGGCAGGUCCUCAGUCCCAGCUCCUGGCAAGCGUCAUUGCUGAGAAGAGCCGAAGCCCGUCUACAGAGAGCCAGCUGAUGUCCAAGGGCGACGCAGAUACCAAAGAUGAUUCAGAGGAGACGGUGCCCAACCCCUUCAGCCAACUCACUGACCAGGAGCUGGAGGAGUACAAGAAAGAGGUGGAGAGGAAGAAACUAGAACUUGAUGGAGAGAAAGAAACCACUGCAGAGGAGCCUGGCUCACCUCUGAAGUCUGCCCCUGCUUCCCCAGUGCAGAGCCCAGAAAAGAAGGCAGAGACAAAGAGCCCAGUGGUUUCUCCUUCCAAGUCUUCAGAGGAUGGCAUUAGGAAGACAGAAACAAGCAAAGCCCCCACAGAGCCGGAAACAGCCCAACCAGAGGGGGUGGUGGUCAAUGGGAGGGAGGAGGAGCAGACGGCGGAGGAAAUCCUCAGCAAAGCCUUGAGCCAGAUGACCACUAACGCUGACACGGAUGUUGAUACCUCUAAGGACAAAACUGAGUCAGUCACCAGCGGCCCCAUGUCCCCAGAGGGCUCACCUUCCAAGUCUCCCUCAAAGAAGAAAAAGAAAUUCCGAACCCCCUCCUUCCUGAAAAAGAGCAAAAAGAAGGAAAAAGUGGAGUCCUGAUGUGUGACCCCUUGGUCUCCCUCUGCCUCCUCUCUCUCUUCCUGUCCCUUCCCUCUCCCAUCUCUGUCCCUGGAAGCACAGGGCCCAGGAGGGAUAGAAUAGGACCCUGGAUCACACUCCAAGGGGGGACUUAGAGAUCACCUGACCAACCCCUCACUUUACAAUUGCCCCAGAGACAUCCAGUGACUUGCCCAAGGUCACACAGCUAGUUAGCAGCAAAGAGCCUGCACUAGAAUUCAGGUCUUCUGACUUCCAGUCCAGUGCUCCUCCCACUACACAACACUGCCUAGUUGUGGGGCACCCUGGUUAGGAUGCUGCCCACCAAUCUGAGCCCAGGGCAGGAGUGCCAGAAAUGGGCUGUGAGCUUUCACGGGCUCAGACUAAAUCUGACAGGUUGAGGCCUCCCCUGAGUAAGGUCCAUUUCUUCACAGGAAUCCAAUCUUCUGCUGGUGGAGCUGUCUCCACAUUUAGAAAUCUCUCCUCUGUUCCAUUUCAGGUCCCUACCCUGUUGCUCAAAGUAACCAGCCAAAUUAUCCCACUCCCUCUAAAAGAAGUUAAUCUUUGUUCCCAAAGGCUGAUGGCUUAGCUUGUAUUUCCCCAGAUGCUAACCUUGAGCUUUCUUCAUGGAACCUCUAGAGUGAUGGGUGGAAGAGCUGUCGGAGGUGGCAGACACAGGGCAAGCCAAGUAAGCCUGAGCACUGCUGGUGGUUUCAACAAGAUAGGGAACCGGGAACUUGACCCAUUUGAAUUGUGCACCUCAGGCGCUUCAACACGAAAACCAAAUUUAGCAUAGGAAGAAGUUGUCUCAUGCUCAGGGCAGAAAUUUGGGGAAAAUUUAAUCUUCUCUUGGCCUUGGGUUGUACAAGGAGGAUCAAAACAGCACAGGCAAUGCUCUGACUUUCUAGCUUUGCAUGACAUGUGCAGCAAUGCGCUGUACCUGGCUCACUCCUGUCCAGCAGUCAGGUGUACCCUUACCCUCCCUCAAACCUAGAAGCACUUGCUUGCAUCCUGAAACUGGCAUUUUGACCUUGGCUCCUUUGGGGUUCCAACUCUGAGUUACUCUGGGUCCACCAGGGGAGAAUGAGCUCUUCAGGAUUAAUCCUCUUGGACUAAGUCCCAGAGAAAUGCUUGGGUGCCCCCAGCACUGUCACUAUCUGUCUGUCCUAGGGUGUGGUAAUAGCCACAGCUAUUGUUGUAAAUGCCAACACUAUCUUUUCAUAUUCUUCCAUGGGGCAUUGAUUAAUGAGCAUUGUUGACUCCUAAAGAUUAGACAAUCCAUUCUCUUUAAAGCACAGUGUCUUCAAAGAAUAUUUUUCCUCUUGUCCUGAUUAUUGUAAAAAUAUUUUUGAAGGUUCUUAAUCAUAGUUUUCCACUUUUGACCACUUAGCAUCUAUAGACACUGUGCAGGCUUCACAUGUGCUAUAUCCUUUAAUCCUCACAAUAAUCCCUUGAGGUGGGUAAGAUCAUUCCCAUUUUACAGGUGAGGAAACUGAACCCCCAAAAGGACAAUUGACUUGCCUCAUGUGGUUUGGGUAGAAAGGUCUGGAGCCUGGGUUUGAACCCAAGUUGGUCUGAGUGGCCAUUCAAUGGUUAUGAAUGUACAACUUGGAUCCCCAACAGUGGUGGUUUUAGUCCAGGGCUCAUUUCUGUGCAUAAUGUUAGUGCUUGGAGCGAAGGUGGGAAACUACCUGUGUUCACCCUCACUGGUGCGCAUGGACUUCCUGGAUGGCAUGGGCUGUGGCCGUGCUGAUGCUGCUCUUCUAACAAAGAAGAGGCAGGAGCCUUCUGGUUGGUGGGGGAUAUACCAUCCAUAGUUGCAACUUGAGAAGGAAGGGAACUGACAUAUGAGCAAGGUAAACCUCCUACUGUGUCUCUCUAGUGCAGACUGCAGCUGCUAACCCAGGCCCCUCUCUCUGUUCGGCUUCCUGAUUUGGUUAACCCCAUGAUCAGGGUCACCAAUGCCUCAGAAAAAUCUGUCAUGUGUGAAAUGCCUUUAAACACCAAUCAUUUGAUGCUGUCUUUGAAAAAAAUAGAGUUCAUGUUUAUUCAUCCUUUCACAGUAUUUGUUAAGCAUCCACUAAGCAUCAGGCAUUAAGCUGGCAUUAAAGGAGAGCAGUUGUCAUGACUAGAAUAAUAAGUGGCAAGCAAUGUUGGGAGAAGGGUGCACAUGACCUCUGAUGCAGCCUUUUUUGCGUGAGUGGUUGUGGUUCAGAGAUGAUGUUGAUUGAGUCUGCCUCCAACCAUUUCUCUUUAUUCUGUUUGCACAGCAAGACCUCAUUUCGGUGAGAAUGCUGGAAUCUUGCUGAUGCAUCACCCUUGGAAUUUACGCCCUGGGUGUACCUCCUGCUUAUCAGUAGUUCAUUCCUCUUGAACCACACACUGAGCCAGGAUCAAGGGUCAGACAUGAGGGUGGGCAUAGUUCCUACUCUCAAGGAGUUCACGGCAUAGGAGGUGUGUAGACAAAGUGCAAAAUAGGCAAGAGCACCGACGUGGCAUAAGGAAAUAACAGUAAACUACCUUGAGGGCCAGAGAAACCUUCCUGAAAGGAAGCAAUGGCUGUUAGCUUUUCAACAAAGGAAUGUUUUAAGACAACAAAAGGGUUGGCAGGGCAUUCUGGGAUGAGGGAAGAACAUGUGCAAAGGUGUGAAAUGCCGUGGUGGGUUCCACUGGAACACAACAUUGCCAGAGCACUGUGUGUAAGGCACGGGUUCACCUCCCUGGGAGAUAGGGCUGGACCCUGAGGAAACAAAUCCAUAGAUGGGGUGGAGGAGCUGGACUCAGCGUGGAAGGGCUUUGGAGUUACUGAGGGCUUUAAAUCAGGGUAGAGUUAUGAUCAGACUUGCAUUUUAGGAAAAUCCCUUUAUUGGGCUAAGUGGAGAAGACUGAAGGGAAUGGGGUGGGCGUGUGGGAGCUACAUUGAGGCCCUCUGAAACAUUGGUACUAGACAUGUGGGCAGGCCUUACCCUAUAUACCCUUUCCCUUUAUAGCAAAUAGUUUCCAGCACAAAAUUCAUUUCCAUGAAAUUCUAUGGAUAAAGCUGAGAGAGGUUUUUGACAAGGAGAAGGAAAUACUCAGAGCUAACGUAUCUGGAUUUCAUUUUGUCUUGGUUCAGAGUUGCUGGGAGAACUGUGGAGUCAUUCUGCAGGUUUCUCCUUCCCCUGUAUGUGUGAAUUGCCACACACUCAGCUCCAGGCUUGAGGACAUGUCCCGAAUGCUGUAGAAAAACGUGCUGUAGAAACAGACAUGUGGUCUAAACAAAACUGCCCGCUUUUAGGGUGAGAGGAAGGGGCAUUUUCUCUGGCUCUGGGUAAAAGUUGGCUGUAAGUGUUUGACUGGGGUAGACAUGUGUUCCAGGGUUUAGAAUUGGUAGGAAAUAGGUUUAUUUCUAGUCGAGCUACUGUGCUUGGCUAUGCCACAGAAAAGAGAUAACCUGUGAGCGAAUCUGCUGCACUGUGGCUGAGCUGGAACGUGGAGAGGCUUCUGAGCUUAUUCCCAUCAGAAGGCAGGCAGGAGGUGGGGCGGGGAGGAAGAGGGAUAGGUGGCUGCAGAGAGGCAGGCCUCUCCAAUGGCUCUCCAUGCCCUGGUGGCCAGCACCCAGCAGUAAGUGUGGGAGAGCCAUCCUCCCCACAUGACCUUUCCCCAAACUGCACCAAGUGCUGUCAAGAGAACUCCCUAGCCCAUGUCUGGGCUUCACUAGAGCCUCCUGGCUUACAGGUGACCCAAGUAACUGUCCUGCUUUGGCCAGUCGACCCCCUCAGCUCUCUUCCAACUAAAGUGAGGUUCUUCCUCUGUGACAGGUGCUUCUUAAAGGAUUUGGGGGGCUUUGGAUGAUAAGGAACAGUAAGUUCUUACAGUGAGAACCCCACUGUAAAGCCCUGCUUUGCACCACUGAUUUACACAGACUAAGCCUUGAAUCCUGUUCUCCAUGGAUAACACUACCCCUUGCUCAUGGUGACGUGGCAAGAUAGUCAUUUGGGUGUUGCUUGGUGCUGUCGUAACAGAGGUCUACUGGCCUUGUCAGUGUGGGGAGAAAUGCUAUCAGUCCAUUUCUUUGGUGGCUGUGGAUUUGAAAAAACUAUUUUCCCAACAGCAUGAUUCACUUCUGAAAGUCAAAAAUGAAUUUUGAUUUUUUCCAUAAUGGAUGUUUAGGGACAGACAGAUGCACAGCCUACCCAUAGGCCUGUGGCCCGUGUUUUUUCCUAAGUGCAAAUUUCAUGUUCUAGUUCCAGGCCGAGAGUAAUCAGUUUUUGACUUUUUAACAAAUGAGAGAACCUCAGCCCCUUACUCAUUUUACACAAGUGGGGCAGACCCUUGAGUUGAUUGGCACAGUUGUAGUGGACUCUGAGCAUAGAGGAAACAGGUCUCCUCACAGCCUCUCAUGCCUUGAGCCCAACUGGACUUUCUAAGACCACAACAACAUUCUAAUAGUCCAAGAAGAAAUGAGAGAAAGAAUAAAUGUGUGCUCUCCACUCCCACAGAAAGGAUAGGCCACCCAUGAUUCAAAACCCAAGCGGGCAUCAUGUCCUCUGUUCUGAAAGGGAUAAUUUAUUUGAUGCACUAUGUGACUUUAAGCUCACGAAAUUAUCUUCAUGGGUUAUCAUCUACACACAUUUCCACUUGCGCUGCAGUACGGAAGAGCAUAUGUGGUGGUGUGUCUCUUCCCCAAAGCCCUGUCUAACCUGCCUAUCUGAAUGUGGUGUACUUUUUGUCAGAAAUGACAGACCACACGUAGAGCUCCACCACCAAAGCAUGCCCAACACUUCAGUCUCUCACAGUGAGAAGCCACAGUCACCAGGAAGCAGUGUGUGGAUUUCAAGGUGGCAUGUCCUUUAGUGGAGAAAGCACUUUUCAUCAUUUUUAUAUAGACAAGUCCCUUGAGAGUGUAGGGGUCUCUUCUUAGGAAUGGUUAGGAAGAAUCUCCAGUUAGAAGUGUUCUUAAAAAUACAGAAAUAGUGGUUUGCGUUGGUUCAUACUUGGGAGGAUUAAGUGUUGCCAAAUGGAUGUUUGGCUCUGCUUGCCUUCAAGAUGUUUCCCACAGCUGGGUCAUCACUAGGAGAAAUUGGAGCCUGCAGAUGGAGGAGAGAUGAUCACUGUUGAUGCAGGGGAGGGGUUUAGGAACAGCUGGGGUCAGAAGGCCAGUGUGAGAAAGCACUGGUAGCUUCCCUAGCAAUCAGGUCCUCAGCCCUUUUCCUCCAUCACUAUCUCCCAAGCAUCAGGAUAAGUGAGCUAUUAUAUGGCAAAUCCAAGAGUUUGGGGCAGGGUGGGAGAUUAACUGUUAGAAAGACUCUAAACUCCUCCCUCAGCAAAUCAUCUUGUUUAAAAGCCCAAAGGCCAGAUCCUGUCUUUUAAAGUAAAUCAGAAGGCGGAUGAUGGUUGGACCUGGGACAGAGGGGUCACACUUGAAAAACAUCAAAGCCCCUUAUAAAAUGGGAAUGUAUUUCAGGGAACCCCACCUCAACAUUUCAACUUCACUUUAUGCCUGUUGGUCCUGUUUUGUGGGUGAUUAUUUGAUACCUGAGGAUUGCCCCACCUUUAAAUUUCCUGCAAUCUAUGCUACAACCACUGAGUCCCAGGGUUUGUCCUCUCCCGGGAAGGGGUGGGUGGGGGAGAGCAUAGUCCAGAGCCAGAGCUCCCCUGGCUCGGGUGUGGAGUAGCAGGAACCUGGUCUAGAUAGAGUGCAGUGUUCUCUAAAGCUACCGAUGGUUUCAGUGAAAUGUCUGUGUCCGACAAUCGUCCUGCAAGAAUACUACUUACUGUCUUCCCUUGUACAUACAUUGUCGUGUUUGGCUUUUCCUAGUAUUGUGAGGUUUCAAAUCGGGGUUCCAUGUAAAUACUUUUUCUGCUACUAAAAUGCCAUCCCCCUGGAUUGUGCAUCACCCCCACAAAUGGUUUCGCCUUUCUCUACGCUAACACUUUUUGAGCCACUGAUGUGUAGACUGAUGGUUAGUUCCUUGGCUUUUAUUUUGCAAUUUUAUAUAUAUAUGCAUAUAUAAUAUAUAUAUUUAUGGGUUGGUUUUGUAUAGUUUUCUGUUUGAAUCUCUGAGCGCCAAAGCUGCCCUUUGAUUUUCACGAGAACUUUCCAAAGCCACGUCUUGAGCCUUUUUGCUGCUUUGGUGUCUGACUGUGUUGCCGGGGUGGUAUCUCUGCCUGUGGAUUUCUGUAUGUAUGUGCUGUUAUCUCACCUGAAGAUAUUACCCUAGUAAAUCUUAACGUGCUUGGC